AUGGCUACUGUCCCCCCAAACGAUGGCACUCGAGUGAUCUACUACGUUGAUGAAGAAGAUACACCUUAUUUGGUCAAGCUCAAUGCCCCAGCAGAAUCUGUUACUCUUGGUGAUUUUAAACUGGCUCUUAAUAAGCCCAACUGUAAAUUCUUCUUUAAGUCCAUUGAUGAUGAUUUUGGCGUUGUGAAAGAGGAGAUUACAGACGAUUCCGCAAAGCUGCCUUGCUUCAACGGACGUGUCAUAUCUUGGUUGGUCUCCAAUGAUAAUUGUACGGGCAGUUCCGAUGGUGGGUCAGGACUAAAUGCUGCAAAAUUGGCUGCUUUGGCUGGGGCACAGAUUGGUGAUGGAACUCAAAUCCCGGAGAAGGGUCGCUUUAGUGAAAAGAAGAUGAAUGGAAAUGGCAAGAAGAAUACAGACGACUGUGAUACUUGUACAGAGGACACGGAGUCUGUUCAAAGCGGUGGACAAGAUCACAUAGCACCUCUUCGCAGCUUCCAUGACUACAAGCAUGGUAGUCGAUACGGUGGCGGUCACCAUUACCACCGGCAUCACUUUGGAGCAUCCGCGGGAAAUGGAAUAUACGGAGGAGGAGGUGGACCCGGUUCGAGUGUUUCUUCAAGCGGCCGUCACCAUCAUCAUCACCAUCGGGGAAUCUACGGCACCGGUGGUGGUGGUGGUGGAUCCAGUGUUUACGAAGCGCCUUCCUCCAUGAUGAGCUCAGAUCUCGAUUCCACCAGCUUCUUUGAAUCAGAUGGCGAGUCGAGCAGAUUUUCCGGUGCAACUGGGACCACUAUGUCCUCACGAUACGGUCGCCAUAGGCAACGACGGAGGCGUCGGCGACUUCUUCCAAUCAGUCGAGCAUCUUCUUUCAGUAGCAUAACCGACUCAACCAUGUCCCUGAAUAUCAUCACAGUCACCCUCAACAUGGACUCGGUGAACUUCCUUGGUAUCUCCAUUGUUGGCCAAUCGACCAAGUCCGGUGAUGACGGCAUCUAUGUGGGUUCCAUUAUGAAGGGUGGUGCAGUGGCUCAGGAUGGCAGAAUUGAACCGGGUGAUAUGAUUUUGGAGGUGAAUGGAAUCUCGUUUGAGGACAUGAGCAAUGAUGAUGCCGUACGAACACUUCGGGAGCAGGUUCAAAAUCCUGGACCAAUAACUCUAGUGGUCGCCAAGUGUUGGGACGCGAACCCCCGAGGUGGUUAUUUUACUAUUCCCCGACAGGAACCCGUUCGCCCAAUCGAUCCUCGGGCUUGGGUUCUGCACACCAAUGCUAUGACAGCUAAUGGCCACACUCAUGGAGGAGGGAAUGGAGGUCAAGGACAAGCUGGAGGCUCAGGGUCUUCCACGUCGUCAGGAGAGGAUUCAGUGUCGACCAUUGGGAAUCGUCGACGAACAGGGAGUGGGAAUAAUGCUGUUGGAGUUCCAGGCGGUAACCAACAGCAACAAGGUGGGGGCUUCAGUAUAGCGGCCAUGCUUGCUCAGCAACAGCAGCAACAACAACAGCAGAGAUUUAAACAGCAACAAGGCUCGCAACCACAGCCUCAACAGUCACUUCUCCCGUCCGGUUUUCGGGCUCCUCCUCAGGCUACCUCCUGUAUGCUUCCAGGGUUCUCCAAUCAGGGUGCUCAGAGCGUGGUAACUCUCUCUAGUUCCAUUCCGGAGACGGAGCGAUUUUGUCUCCCUCCCGAACCUCUGACUGUUGCAACUGACGUCAAAACAGUCAUCCGAGCGAUGAUGCUCCCGGACUCUGGUCUCGACAUUCGUGACCGUGUGUGGCUCAAAAUCACCCUUCCAAGUGCUUUCAUUGGCUCCGACUUGGUUGACUGGUUGUAUCGCAAUGUUGAGGGUUUCGCCGAUCGUCGAGAUUGUCGAAAAUAUGCCGUGAACCUUCUCAAAUUCGGUCUUAUUCGUCAUACGGUGAAUAAGUCUACUUUCUCCGAGCAGUGUUAUUAUGUGUUUGGUGAUAUUACUGGAGAUUUCUCAGCGCUCAGUUUGGAGGAAGUGGACAGCGUGAGUGAGAUUGGUGCCUUGGUGGCAGCGCAGCAGAAUUGGAGUCAUAGUACAGCCAGUACAAGCCUCACAGUGGGUGGUAAUUGUUCUCCGCAGGUUCCCAUGGCAUCACAGCCACAACCUACACCCUCCACUCAAGCCACCCAGCAACAACAAAUGGCAGUUAGCUCCUCUGCAGGUCCUUUCGGAAUACCAUCUUCUGUGUUCCAUUCUGCAGGCGGCGGUGGUGGUGGUGGAAAACUUGUUCCUGGUCAAACGCAGCAUGCUGGUCAGAAUGGAUUUAGGAUGAAUAAUAAUGGAUUAGUUGAUAUGCCCAUGCAGAGAAUUAUGUCCUCGGGAAGCAGCAGCAGUAGUAGCUCAUGUGAAAGCGCCACCGAAAACACCCUUUCAACGACAGACAAGGUAGAUCUCAAAGGUGUUGGAGGUGGUUCCGGGCUUUCUCCGUUCCUCCCAAUGGCAACCUCGAGCUUCCGAGUGCCUCCCAAGCUCGAACAAAAUGUCAUCCAACAACAACAACAACAACAGCAGAAAGUGGUCACUCCUCCAACUCACAAGAAUCCUGUGGGAGGUAGUGGAGGCGGAAAUGCAGAAUGCAGAAGUAGCUCAAGUGGAUCUAGUUGCUGUUCAGAAGAAGACGAGCACACUCAUCCGGGCACUGGGAUGCUGCCUCAACAACAAAUCCAGGCCCCACCCUCCUCACUGAUUCCUGGGGGACAUAGUGGGAAACCCUUCCCACCUCCCCGUGCUUCCUCACCUCCUCCCACCAUGGCCUCUCCUGGUCUCUAUCUCAACACAGCGUCUUCUUAG